AGGGAAGUCCCCGUUACCAGGUAAAUAAAGUUAGAGUUUACAACCAAAAUGGCAGAAUCAACAACACAAAAUACAUCAAUAGCUUUGUAUCAUUAUCUAUGUCAGAACGUUGUUGGGUCAGAAGAGCAUGUAAAAACUUUCAGGAUGAUGAACAAUGUCAGAGAUCAUUUUCAGAGCAACAAGAAGUGGUCAUUUAUUACCAGUGGAAGUUUUGGAGAGGGACUAGAGAUGCGUGGUAGUGAUAUAGAUAUAAUGGCGGUAUUAAAACAUAUUGAGGUAUGUGAAGACACACACAUGGAUUUCAAUGCUGAUAAAAUACAUUUUGCAAUGGAACUGGAUGAUACACAACCAGGUUUCACUAAGUUACGUCUAGUGAACAGAAAUUGCCCGAGUAUUUUAGCAGACUGUAAAAAUAUCGCUAGUGAUUACUACUUUUCAAACCUUUCAUUUAAACAAAGGUUUUCAACCGACACGUUUUCCACUGUACAUGGGCCAUGUGUUUCCGAUGAAGAUGGAUUUUUUGACUAUGCAAACUGUUUACAUUGUAAAUUUUGGAUAAAACCAGCAAUACAUUGGGUAACACGAUCAAAUAAUUCAUGGCCGAGGUGCGAUGUUAAACAGAGUAUUGUGAAACACGGGGUUCUCUUUGUACCUGUAGGUGUGAAAGGAUCUACACAAGAAGAAUUAGAAUGGCGAAUAUCAUUUUCCGUUGGCGAAAAACUACUUAUGUAUUCAUUUACACAUACACAAUUACUAUGCUAUGCACUUAUGAAAAUUCUUCUAAAAGACGUUAUAGCUUUAGACAUAGAUUGUAAAGAAUUGCUUUGUUCAUAUUUCAUGAAAACAAUAUUAUUUUGGAUAUGCGAAGAAUUACCUUUAUCAAAAUGGAAACCUGAAAACUUGAUAUUUUGUUACAUGAGAUGUUUCAGGAGGCUCAUAUAUUGUGUUGAGUACAAGGUUUGUCCGCAUUAUUUUAUUCCUGAGAAUAAUUUAUUUGAGAAUAAGAUACAAGGACAAGCACAGGAAACACUUUUGAAUAAGUUGUAUAUUCUAAAAAGUUAUGGUUGGCAAUGUAUCUUAUUGUCGGACCAAAUCUCAAAUUUGAAUGUAUUGGCCUCUGAUAAAAGCAAGGAGACAAGGUAUUUAGAUGCCAUGAGUGUUAAAAGAUUAUUAGAUUCACAAACUUUGUCUUGCGACAUUUUUCUUAAUAUUGUUCAUUCUGUUUUGGAAAAAGUGAUAUACAAGGUCUUGUCAACUAAGAGUUCAAAAAUCAAAUACUUGUCUACAUACUAUUUGUCAAAAUUUUGUUUCAAAAGUGAGCGAUUUCUACAAUUGGAGGAUAUGUCAUGUAAUAAAUCUAUUUAUAAAGAGUAUAAUAGUUAUAUAAGUACUCUUCUUCUUAAAACACGUCACGACGCUGUAUCUGGAUGGCUGAUGUUAGCUUCGUUUUUCUAUAAAAGAAAACAGUACAAAACAGCUCUUCACAUUAUCCAGUAUUCUCUAUUAAAAUGUACACCGGAAAAACUUCAUCCAUUCAUGCAGUUUUCAGAUAUUCAUUGUGAACUAGUUAAUGUACCUGUAUUUAGUGAAAUGACUUAUGUUCAGUUAUGUAAAUAUUUACUAUUAGAUUUAGUGAUCUUCAAAAUCUGUAAGUUACAACCAGAUGAACUACAAAAGGAAAUAUACGAAUUGAUUCCUCCAAUAGUUUAUUCUCAUUUUCUUCGGUUUUUGUGUCAUUAUCAUUUAAAAAAUAGCAGGCAAUGCUGGGAUUCUCUCCGGGAUCUACAGUUGACUAUAGAUGAAAACUAUUUUAUAGCCACUCCCAUAUUCAAAGCUACAUCUUUCUACAUCCUCGGAAGAAGUUUUCAAUUGUUAGGCGACAUAGAAUCAGCGAGCCAAGCUUUUCUGCAAUCAAUAGAAUUAAAUCCAUAUAAAAGGUACAACAGUUCUUUCCGAAAAGUGUCAUUGAUAAGCUGAAUGGGAUUAUGUAUUAUGAUAUUUUGAUUACCGUAAUGUUUUAUUCAAACAACUUACUAUUUUAUCAAAUGCCAUACACUGUUAUAUUCAAAUUUAAUGUAUACUUUGUUACUGUAAGUCUUAAAGUUUGUAAAUAAGAGGAAAACAAAUGAUAGCCAUGUUCAAGAUGUAUACACCUAUUCAUUUUAUUCAAAUAAAUCACUACACCUAGACUGACAUGUAUUCAAGUUAUGGUGGUUUUUAAUUUAAAGAUGAUGAUUAUAUUGCUGCUUCUACUGCUGAUGGACUUUCUACUGCUGAUGGACGUGGUUUUAAUUUUGUUUCUUAAUCAUUAUUCAAAUGUACAUUUCACAAUUCCACUGUAUCAUAAAAUGAAGUAAAGACUGAAUUUGUA